GCCCAUGCUGAAAAAGAAGACUAACUGGGACUCUGUACUCUGGAGUGAUGAGACCAAGAUAAAUGUUUUUAGAACUGAUGGCUUCAAAACUAUGGCAUUGCAAAGGUGAGAAGUACAAAGAAAAAGUAUGGUGCCUCCAGUGAAACAUGGUGGUGGCAGUGUCCUUCUGUGGAGCUGCAUGAAUGCUGCUGGUGUUGGGGAGCUACAUUUCAUUGAUGGUAUCACGAAUUCACAGAUAUACUGGUCUAUCUUGAAAGAGAAGUUUUUCAACAUGACAAUGAUCCAAAACACACAUCUAAGGUCACUUUCAUUUCUA